AUGGCUCCAGUAGAGAUCCACUCGUCUCCAAGCCUGAUACCCGCUGCGACCGCUUCGACUCACGUAUUCCUCAUGGGAUAUCUCUCCUUCGUUGCUGUAAGAACAAUAUAUCGAUCUUAUCUCGCUCUCACGCCUUCCUCUGCAACAAGGCAUCGUGAGCCACUACGGCGUGGUCACAUCCAGAUAUUCUCCGCCCUAGCACUUGCAAGCUUCGCGGUAGCAUUAUUCUCCGCAUUUACCUUUAGCAGCUUAUCGUAUCGUGUAUGGGCAGCCCAAAGAGGCGUAGAUCUUCCCGGGAGUCUGUUUGGAGAUAAAGGAGCAUUACGCGGAGGCGAACAUCCAGGGAGACUUCAUCUAAUCCGAUGGCUCAACGAUACUUCAUUCUAUCAAGAUGUACUUGAAAUUAUCUCAGAGAAGUACAGGUAUUUCUGGUGGGGCCAGCAAAUCAACCUUGGCCUAGUCCCCUGGAGCAUAUUCUUGGCCAUUGAGGGCAGAAGACGGAACAUCUCAAAUCUAUGGGCGUUCUUGGCCCUCUCCCAGCUGGCCAAUCUAUCAUACGCUCAGAAUCUCUUCUUUCUCGCCAUUCUACUUACUCCAGUUCCGCUUCCUGAAAAUGUCAGGGAUAUGACGAGAGAUUCUAUCCCGGCCACAUCAAGCAGAUACUCACAACUUGUGGGGAAGAUCAUUCCCACCAAACCCGAAGGAUUUGUUCCAAAGCCAGCGCCUUAUAUCGCACUUCUUCUCGCCAACUUCGCCUGCAUCUUUCUCAUUCCAUUCGCCUCAAAUACCACUUCGUUCAUGACUAUAUCUUAUCUUUCCCGGGCUCUACCAUUCUCAUUCUUAGCUCUACCAUAUAUAAUCCCGACAAGAUGGGGAUCUAUUCAUACCCAUCCACACUCCGCCCACAACACCUACACCACUCUCUUCCAAACCAUCUCCAUAUUUUCCACCAUCCUACACCUCAAAGCCACAGCGGUGGCUCUCUUCUCCAACGCCCCAGCAAGCUAUUCUUACCGGCAUAUUCUCCUCCAUCCCUUUGAAAAGGAACACCAUCCUGCGCUAGACCGCGCUUCUACGGCCGUAAGUCGCCUCCUGGGUGCCAUUGGCGAACACCCCGCAGUCAGUGCCGCUGGAUGGGAUGUUCUCCUCUCUGGCAUAAGCCUCGGAAUAUGGGCUGGCAUCCGUGGACUUGAUGUAAGGGAAAUGCUACGGUCAAGCGCACCCUCCAGGGCCUCUACGAAGAAAUUAAUCGAAGAUGCUGCUCCUACAGCUAUAUCUGUGAAAGAAGACGCAGGAGAAUUUAUAAAAGCAAUCGACCCUUCCAGAUCCCUUCGUCGUUCCGGCCGUGCUAAGAAAAAUAGUGCUUCGCCUGACGCUGAUGAAAGUAGCUCUUCCGCCUCCCGUCUAAGGCGACGGGGACAGUUGAUAGCGAAGGAGCUUCCUAAGAUACCUAGCAUCGAUGUUAAUGAUGCGCCAUACCACCCGAUAGAAGGCGAUCGGCUAGAGGAAGGAGAUGAAUGUGUAGAGGGAGACUGGGAGGCUGCUGCAUUAGCAUGGGGAAUUAUCUCGACUGGCGGCUUGGGGGUUGGCAGUGCUGGUGUAUACGGCGCAGAGGUUAGAGCGCGAUGA